CUGAAAACCGCUGGACGGCUUGGUCACGCCACACAGAUUGGUGGUGCAAUUUGGGCUGAACAGAGGCAACAAAACAGUGUAGCAGUGGCACUUUCUGGUUGUGGUGAAUAUAUUGCGCAAACGUUACUGGCCAAAACCAUUGCUGACAGUUUACUUGAAAACCGCUCGGGCGAACUUAUUUCCUUUCACAACACGGAGGAAUUAGCAUAUGCAUUUGGCCGGAGUGGAGCGGUGAAGAAGUAUCGUUCUCGUUCGAAAUCUGGCGCAUUCAUUGCUCAUGCAUUCCCGCUAAGCGAUUAUAUUUUCUGUUCGUGA